UCACUUGUUGCGGGCCGGUGGCGGGGGCUGCGGGGCGGCUGGGUAUGCCUCGGCAGUAGCGCUGGUGGGGACCGGCCAUCGCCAUGGGGCGGUACUCGGGGAAGACCUGCCGCCUCAUCUUCAUGCUGGUGCUCACCGUCGGCUUCUUCGUGGCCGAGCUGGUGUCGGGCUACCUGGGCAACUCCAUCGCCCUGCUGUCCGACUCCUUCAACAUGCUGUCGGACCUCAUCUCCCUCUGCGUGGGCCUCUCCACGGGGCGCAUCGCCCGCCGCAGCCGCCGCGGCCCCCGCGCCACCUACGGCUACAGCCGGGCCGAGGCGGUGGGAGCCCUCAGCAACGCCGUCUUCCUCACCGCCCUCUGCUUCACCAUCUUCGUGGAGGCCAUCCUCCGCCUGGCCCGUCCGGAGCCCAUCGACGAUGCCCAGCUGGUGCUCAUCGUUGGCACCCUCGGCCUCGCCGUCAACCUCGUGGGGCUUCUCGUCUUCCAGGACUGGAGGUCCUGCUGCCGCUGCCGCCGCCGCCCCCCGCCCGCCUCGCCGCCCGCCGCCCCUGCGCUGCCGCCCGCCCCCGGCGGGGCCCCGGCCGGGAUGGAGGAUGAAGCAGGUGAUUCACCAAAUGACCAAAAAAGCCCUGAAGAGGGGCCUGAGAGGAAAACACCAAAGAAGUCUGAAGCCUUGAACAUCAGAGGUGUUCUUUUGCAUGUUAUGGGAGAUGCACUUGGAUCUGUGGUCGUGGUAGUUGCUGCUACAAUCUUCCAAGUACUUCCUCUGGGGGAUGCUCCAUGUAACUGGCAGUGCUACAUUGAUCCAAGCCUGACGAUAAUUAUGGUGUUCAUCAUCUUGUCUUCUGCGUUCCCACUUAUCAAGGAGACCUCAACUAUUUUGUUGCAGAUGGUUCCCAAAGGUGUUAAUAUGCAAGUAUUGACUGACAGACUAGCUCGUGUACCAGGGGUUAGCAGCCUUCAUGAGGUGCACGUUUGGGAGCUCGCAGGUGGGAAGAAUAUUGCUACUCUUCAUAUCAAGUGCCAAACUCCUACCGAUUACCAAGAUGCUGCGUAUAAAAUACGGAAGGUUUUCCAUGAUGCAGGGGUCCAUUCUGUGACAAUCCAGCCUGAGUACAUUGACCACAAGACCUCCCAGCUCCUGUGCAGCUCUCCCUGCAUCUCAGAAUCGUGUGACUCUCAGCUGUGCUGCAGUCAGCAGGAGCCCUCCCUGGCUAAAACCAAUGGCUAUACUGAGAAAAACAACAGUUGCCGUUCUGCUCUGCGUAAAGACAAUGGUUCAAGUAAAAGUGAUAUUGAAAUCCCUAUUGAGUCCCCACUAGCAGAGGACAGCAUUAAAAAUGUGAAAAAUCGUGGUGUGUCUGAUGAUAAAUCACAGUUGAGCAGUACACGACUUUAGGCAGUUCCCUCUACCCAGCGUAAUGUUUUCCCAGAACAAAUGUCUCCUGGCUGGGAAGGGGGGCAUCAGUGGUUGUAGCUGAAGUUGGUACAGCAAAAGAGUUUUGUGAUUAAGCUGUAAACCAAAAUACACCUAAAACCCCCUUGUAUCUGAAAUAAGGACUAAUAUUUCCAAGAAGGAUGUUGCAUUUGUCUAAGGUUUUUCUGAUACAGCCUAACCCAGUUUCUUACCAAACUAUAUGUGAAUUCCUGUUAGAGUGGAUGGGGUGUCUUGUCUGCACUGAUGCUUGCAGUUAAUGGCCAGUGGCACUGGGAAUGAAACUCUGGCCUUUUCUGCUGAAGUGAGCUGUUUACUGAAAGCCUUGUGGCCAGUUCAUUAUUGUACUGGGCUAAAGUACUGUGUGUAGAUGAUGUACAGUGGAGGUGCUUUCCUUAAACUGCAUUUUUGCACAGACAGUUCAUGUUCAACCAUAACGCUUGUGCUUCUGGCCAGUGGGGUUUGUGAAUAAAAUUGAGUGUCUAAGGGAGAGGGGAAGCACUCAGGAAUUUUGACUUACAUUGUUUUCCUGAUUGACUCUUGUAUUUAGGGACAGAGCAGAAGCUGGUCUUGCUUCUCUACUAGUAAUACUGGAGCAUGAGCCUAAUUACAGAUAAAUAUGCUAGAGAAUUCACUUCUUGUCCUGACAUCAAAGAAAUACUAACCUUGUCUGUACUGAUCCUAGCAAAUAGAAAUGCAGGCAGUCACCCUAUUAUCUUUUAUCUUGUUAGGUGUAGUGAUUGUACAACUCAGUGGUUUUAAUUUUUUUUUUUUUUUUUUCUCCUGGCAACAGAAAUUAUAAUAGCCACUGUCUUAAUUAAUAAUUUUGCAGGAUGAUUGCAAUAUCUUAAGCACCAAGUGUCUGUUGCUAUUCAUGCUGAAUAAAUAAGCUAAUGCAUUUCUUAUGAACAGUUAAAAUUCUGCAGUUCUGUUAUGAGACACAAUUGAAUAUUUUAUUAAUUAUGAAAGUCUCUAAAGUUUAUAUUCAGUGUUAUUAAUUAGAGGAAGCUUUAAAAAAUAUCACAGGGAAUUUUUCCUUCUUUAGUCUUAAUUAUUGAUUUAUUUUAAAGGUCUAAGCCUUCCCCUCUGUCCUCCCCUAGCUUCCUCUGCCCAAAAGAGUAUUUUAAAGUGUAUUUAGUGAAACAGUUCCUUUAUCUUUUUGCUGCUUGCCCUUUUAUUUUUUUAAGGCAUGCAAGGGUUCUCUACGGGAAACAAGAUGAUGUACCCUGUCACCAGUGUUGGAUUUGGGUCAGGUCUGUUCCCUGCAUUUUUGGGAGAGGAAACCCAUUAUCUAAUCCAUACUAAGUGCAGUACUUAGCUUCACUGCCUAUGCAGACCAGAUUCAGAAGCUUUCAAAUACGUUUUUAUGUCAAAAGCAGCCUUUCAAUAGUCUUUGUGACCUGGGCAGGCUAUUUUAUUCCUUUGUUUUGGGUGAUGCCUCUAUAAAAUAGUAGUGUCUUUACCUCAGUGACACCUUAACAGAAAGGGAAAAUUGAUUCCCUGCCUGGGCUGGGAAAAUACCAGGACAUCCUUGCAAGGCUGACUAAAAAGCAGCCAACUCCUUAUUAAUAAGGAUGAUUACAUUAAGUCAAUGAAUAUUAAACUACACAGCAGGGUAUAUAGCACAUUUCUAGAUUUGUAGUUACUCCUUUUGAACAGAUACUUGGGUUAAUAUAUUUUAUAGCCUUCUAUUGUAGGUUUGUAUUAUAUAAAUUAAAGUACAUGUUUGUAUAAUUUAAAGCUUGGUCCUCCAGUCUCUGAUUCUUUUGGCAGCAGCAGAGGUGAAAGCAGCAGGAUCUUGCUUGGCAGUUAUUGCAUGAAUUAAUAUAAACCAGGAAACAUUUUAAGAAUUGCUCUGUCUUUUAAAAGUGUGUGGCAUAAAGUAAGACACCCCUUUCUUCAGUUCUUUUUGUCCUUAUUUAAAUCUAUGAUAAUGAUUAAAUGCUGGGGUUUAGAUAUAAAUAACAAAUACAUUUAUAGGCUUUUUGAGAACUGGAAUAGGAAGCUCCCAAAAUAACAGCCAAGUCUAUGGGAGAACAUACUUCCCAGAUACCUUUUAAAACAAGCACCCUUUCAUAAUUAUGCAUUUUUGUCUUAAAUCGGGUAAUUGUUUUAUAUAUACAGUUUAUUAUAUGAUUGAAAGAUUGAAAGAUGGAAUGGCAGUACUGUUUACUCUGCAACUGGAGAAAACUGUAUGUGUAACGUUCGGGCAUUUGACAAAAUGGACCAUCUAUUUCUUUAACCUUCCAGUGUUUGUUAAAACUUUUGUUAUCUAUUUCUGAAGUUUUUUAAAGUGUUGUAACCUGGAAAUACAAUGAAGUAACAUUCUUCAGCUUUUAUUUUUAUUAUUUUUUUCUUGGCUGGUUGAAUGUACUCAUAUUGCUGCAUGUGAAUAAAAAGGAAAAUACCAGGGAUUAUAGAAAUCUUAAGGUCUAGAAAACAAGCAGAUGAAAAUUUCCUUUUUUACUUAAUCAAGCAAAACCAGCAGAGCUACAUUAUUGAUGAGGUGAACCUUGCAUUUUCUGUGUAGGGACUUACAGCGUAUCAGCUUUCAUUUCUGAAUCAGUAUCCUUGCCUUCAUUUGAGUCCUGCAGCAACAUAUUUUUCUCCAGUGCUUUAAGUGUGUUGCAAGUCUUCUGGUUAGCCCCUCUCUACUUCUACAGAAGGCUUCAAUCCAAUCAGUCUCUAUUCUGUAUUGGCUUAUUUCCCUUCAGUUCUUGGCAUAUCUGUCCUGAUUCUUUUGAUGUAUGCUCACCUUUUUUUGAAAUACAGUGUAGUUCAGUAUUUGCCCUUCUCUAAGGGCAUUUGUUCUGUAGUCAGUUUUGUAGUGUAUUGCACUACCAUUAAAAAACUCUCUCUGGCCUCUUCAUUUUAAUAAUCUUAAAAAGUUUAAUUGCUUUUUUCUCCUCCAAUUCAGUAAUGUAAAAUCUCUGAUGACUGCAGAUUGGGUGUGCUACCCUGUCCUCUUCAAUCGCUCCCUUCUGAUGGCACCAUUGUGGCAUUCAACAUUUGUUGCAGUGGUUGCCCCUACCUGUCCAUCACUGUCUGUAGCAAAGGCAAUUGCUUAAAACACAGGUGGCUUUCAACCACUUGUCCAGCUUCUGUGGCCCUCUGAUCGACAACCAGGACCAUGUGUGACCUAGUUAUAUGAAAAUGAAACAUUUUCUAGCCUUGGCAGAUAGUUCUGGAGCAAGACUGGAAUCUGGAAUAAAUGAACGUGGCAUUGAACGCAAAAGCAAUUUACUGGCCUUCGUCAGCUGCAGGCCUUUCUUCAAAGCAAAUUCAGUUUUUUGUCACCUUUUCAACUGUUACCUUUCAAUCAAACAUGUCAAUUUGAUAGUUAAUUUUCUGUUCUCCUGUAACUCUUUAAAUGCAGAUCUUGCCUUUGCUCUUCUAUGUAAAGAAAAAGAACUGAUGCUAUUUUUAGGAGUAUUGCAUUUGUUUUACGAAGUUUUCAGUUGACUUCCUAUUCUUUGUAUUCUUUGACCUAUUUUGACCUGUAGUGCAAAUGUGGUUUUUUUCCUCAACAUUUUUCUUAUUCUUUGUCUCUUUAAUAAAAGCAGUAUGGUUUUGCUGGCCUUCUCAUCAUAGUGAUGUGCAUAAAAUUUAGCUUAGAAAUACCUCUUUUAUGCACUGGUUUAAUUUUUGCGCUCCAUUUUAUUUCAAUUCACCUGCUUUCCGGUUUUGCUAUGUGAUACACUUUACCAUGGCAGACCACUUUUUGACCUGGUUUAGUUCUUCCUACUCUUUCCCCCUCUCUUCCGUGAUUAUAAUACUUACCAGCCUGAAUGCUCCUUUUUAUGCUGAACUUGGGGGGCAAUGUGCUAGCAUCUGCAUUUUUCCAAAGUGAAGUUCAUCACCCAAGGUCUGUGAAUGGCUUGAUGUGAAUUACUCCAAGGACUAUUUUAAGUCUUGUGGUCUAUGUCAAAAUGUGUCUAAGUAGUCAUCCUGAGAUAUAAAUAUUUAUAUUUAAAUUCUUUAUAAAUAUGCCACUGGAACCAAGUUUUUUUAAAAGGUUGGUUUCUAAGCCUGAGAAGGUAUAGUGAAAUCACUAAGUUUCAUUAGUCAUUCAUUAACACCCUAGAGGAAAGCUUGGAUUAUUAAUUGGAAAGCAGAUAAAAGGGACAUUUCUAAAAAGAUAAUUCAAACACUAUGAAGAUUUCUAUAGGUUCUACUACUGACUCUGUUGUACAGUUGAUGCACUUUCUAUGUUAAAUACUUUUAUUUGAACAGUGAUACCUUGGUAUGAGGAUAUCACUAUAUAAAGUUGUUACAUUUAUGGAGUUGUGUUGCUUAAAAGUUUCCUCCAGUUUUUCUGUUCAUUGUGUGAUUUAAAUAAGGUGCCAAAAGGUAAUUUACAUGAUUGCUGAACCAAUGGAUGGAAAAUCUCACUGUAGUUUUAUUAACUCGUAGUGAAAAAUUAUGUAAAGUUUUAUGUACAGGUAAUUUUUUAUUUAUUUUUUUUUUUCAAAAUGAAGUUUGGAUGUCUUGUAAAUAAAGUGUAUUUUUAAAUAAGCCUCUUUUCCUGAGCUUGAUGUGUGGUAGCAAUAGAGAGCUUGUGUCAGUUUGGAGAGUCUUAAGACUUUUGUAUGAGCGAAUUUUGUGCUUAACCUGUGAGUGUGUUAACAUCAGGAUUAAAACUGCACACUAAAAAGCUCUUUUUUCUUGUCCUAAA